AUGCCUUUCUUUGAAAACGCAACUAAUGUUACUAUCCACAAUGGCCAGUUUACGAAUGUGAAUGGCGACGCGGUCGUCUUUAACCACAUGGGAACCCACCGUGGCCCCGGUCAGGCUUCCGCUGGAAUCCUAGAGAUGGAGGCGGCCGCCAACAGUCUCGCCAGCAGUUUUGGGCUCGAUGGGAGGAUGAAACCAGAGAUGCACGGCCUCGUUCACCGCCUCAAGCUGGACCGAAAGAGUAGAUAG